AUGGAAGGGGCUAUAGAAACAGAUGCUGAGGGAUGUGAGGUAUCAUAUAGAUCAGACACGCAUUUGCAAAUGGAUCUAAGUGCCUAUCUCACGUAUUCUGAUCAGGAUGAGAGUUUGAUACAGCUGCCGGAAGCAGGGAAUCAUAUGUACAACCAACAGUUACAUCAAGUAUUGAGAGAGUCCUGUCAUUCAUCGAAUGGUCAGGUUCAGAAUCUUAGGAAAGCUAGAAAUCAGGACUGGCUACAGCGGUAUGAUGGCGAAACAAAUGGCUCUGUGACAGUGCAGACCACCAAUCUGGACAAUUCGGACCCGAUACUUAUGGAUGAAGCGCUUGCCUCUAGCAACCUUGUAAUCACCGAAGCUGUCUCUUCUGAAUACCUGGAGCUGUCUGAUGUCAGCAAGAUACGCCCAGCAGAGACUAGGCAGAAAUUGUAUGAUAGCAAUCUGCACUUUGGUCACCAAGCAGAAAGACGCAUUGCCGAGCAAGGCAAAUUCACUCCAUUGAAGUGCAACGAGAAGAGCUCACCACAUGGUCCUUGCGCACGGCUCUAUCGUGUUGAACGGAUUGAUGAGACAAGGUUUGACUUGGAAGGAAAGUCCAUGUAUUAUGCUCUGAUCAGGACAAACUUAAAUGUCAGGACUAUCACUGGGAUUGGCAAAAAGGCAUUAGGACGUGCUCAAUGUAACACGUACGUUGAAUGGGGUGAAUGGAAGAUCAUGUAUCUAGGAAGAGAAACUCCUAGAGGUCAUGCAGACCAGGCUGAGAAGGGAUACAGUGAUACUCUAGCCACAUCCAGCCUGUUUCAGACAGACUACAACAAGUCAUGGCCAAGUCAUGACCAAAAAAGUAGCCAUAAUCAGUCAAGCCAAACAUGUGAUCUUGGCAAGAGUCUCAGCUUGAGCGAUGAGAGCCCUUGCAUAAGCCUGGAACUCCCGGCAGAACACGGUUCUAGAUCAACCUAUACUGUUCAGCACACAACUAGACCUCUGCUAUCGUCUUUCCAACCAGAUAUAAAUGGCAAUGGGCAAGCAACAACACUGAAAGCCAAAAGGCGGGCAGGUCGUCCAGUCUCGCUAGCUACUAGGAUGAAGAUGCAGGAGAGACUUCUCCACCAUGCUGUCUCUGACACAACCCGUGCAAAUCAAUCACUCAGUUCUACAAAUGCAAAAUUGUACCUUGUGAAACGAGCAGAUGGGACCGACUUUGAGUAUGAAGAACAGGUAUUCCUUCAUUGCUCUCCUGCAGGUCUUUGGCAAGCUUUGCACCGGAAGAGCAAAACAAGGGGUAUCGUAAAGAAAGAGUGGAUAGUAGAAGAUCAAGAGGUAUCUGCACGGGUUCAUCUGUGGUCUGAACAUGUCGAGAUAUCAGUUCGCGACGGCAAAAGAACGCUGAUGAGACUGGGUGACCAACAUCACGUGUGCACAUAUCGCGCAGGGUCUAUCUGGUCUUCAGAGCGGUCGAGGGAUCUGACCGUAACAGCGUCAAUAACGUCGAGAAGGAAGGAGCCGGUAUCUCACUGGCAAGACAUGGAUUUGCCUCUACGUGGACCGGCUCAGCUCUGCCAAUCAAGCGACAGAUUUGACAAAGCAAAAGCCUUUAGCGGCGGAGCAUGCUCUCCCUUUGAUGUUCAGAUCGACCCGAGAGCAAUCGAAUUAGCUUCCGGCCAAAUCUUGUCGCGUCUCCUCUCAUCACGCUGGUGGGCUGUAACAGCGGUCACGAUGGUUUUUGACCGUAUCUCUGGAUUCAUCUCGACGAUCCUCCCUCUUCCUACCUCGUGUGUAUCGGGACGUCAAGAUCUGCCCCAAGCACGUUUCGUGCCACAGGCCUUACAGCGCGCCAUGUGUACAGAUAAGAAAAUCACGUAUUUCGGAAUCAAACUAUGGUUCCACUACCUGAAUGACAACGAUUUAUCUCCUACCAUCACUCCGUUGACGCCUGGAAUUGUCAGUCCCGUCUUGGGUUGCACGACUUUCGUAGGUGAUGUGGUAGUGCUGAGGACUGCCUUGCUCUUCAACGCAGAUCGGUCACGGCCAGGCUUCCUAUCGUGUCGAGACCUCUGUCACCUGGCCCUGAGCGGCGGCGCUCGUUCCAAUAAGAGAGCUGAACAGGAUCUUGUGUCGCCUCUGCAAGCGCUUGUCAACGAUUCACCUGGUACUCGUGCCGAAUCACAGCUGCUAAACCCUAUGAACCCCGUUUCGUGGACAAAAUGCCCACUGAACGCGGACGGCAUGUACCGCCCAUAUCGCAAGCUUCAAAUGUAUCUGCAGUCUAUGAAGCACAUUUCGAAGGUCGCCUUAAAUCACAUUCGUACCGCGGUAGUCACGCUUGCUAGAAAGCUCGGUGUGUCAUCGACUUUGGAGUCUGAGGAUUCACAAGAAGGAUCUGCAGGACCAUUCGGCAUGCAUGUAGACCGUGAAGAAGGAGCAGACGGCUCUUGUUGCGCUUGGCCCGGUCGAAGGUCGAUCAGCUCUUUGACGGCGAUGGUCAGGAUCGUCGGGAUCCAUCUCGCCACGACUGGAGUUCUGGCCAUGGUGUUGAGCAACGGAAGUAAAUCUGGAGUAUCAUUCGGCAUCAUCCACCAGGACCCCCAUCGUAAUCGUGAAGUGAUCCGGGUGGGAUCAGAGCUGGUGGCUUUGCUCGAUCCGCUGGUCGCUGACGCGCAAAACCUUUGUUGUCGUCUGUUCCCCCAGGUUCAAUACCACACUGACUUGUCCAAAAUGAUUCUACGCUUCUACAAGAUCACACGGCUGGACAUCGUUAGGAAAAGGGAAAUUAACCAUUAUGCGUGUCUUAUCGUCUCAAGCGCAAAUUUAGACAUGUCUAGAGAGCUGUGGUUCAUUGACUUUGUCGAACGCGAUCAGUCCCCGGUACACACAUCAUCAUUCUAA